AUGAUCUCAGGCGCCAAAGCCGGCCAUCGCCAUCGACGCCAACUCGCUGGCGAAGGUGCUGCGUGCAACUCUGUGCUCUCAAGCACCGAUAAUGGGGUUGGCUAUGGCGUCGAGAACCUACUAGACGGUAUUGCUGGCGACGAUACUCCUGCUUCUGGCGGGAGUGAUGGUGGCAAUCCUGCUCCUCCCCCACCUCCUCCACCCGGACCACCUCAUCGACGACAACUUGAUAAGAUCGCCAAAGGUGUUCAAACGCUUUCUAGUGCGCUGGGAAUGGGUCAAGCGACGGAAAGUACGACCGAUGCCCUUGUUGAUCUCGACGGCGAAGCGACGGGUGCUGCUGCCAAUCUCGGAGCUGAACUCGGUGGAAGUGAAGAGCAGACUUUGGAAGAAGUUGGUUUCCACGUUGGGGAAAGCGGGUGGGAGUGUUCUUAG